GAAGAGGCGGCCUCAAGCGAGCGGCUCUCAAGUCUGUUUCCGCCUCUCAUUCCACUUCCGGCGCUCGAACAGCGCGGAGCUCCGUGUGGAGAACCGGAAAGUGACGGAGCGGAAUGGAGGCGGAACGCAGCUCGCUUUGCUUCGCGGAAACGGAAGCUUGAAGAGGCGCUUCCUGUUUCCGGUGCUAGGACCGGAAGUGGAGGGGUUAGUCCGAUCCAAGAUGGCGGCGGCGGUGGAGGAGGAAGAGAACAACGAGGCGGCGGGGGAUGAAGGAGGAGACGAGGCCGCCAUUAAAGAGAUGGAGGAAAUGGUGGCGGCGCUCUAUCGCUUCCGGGAUGCCAUCAAGGGCGGAAGUGGCGGCGGCCAUCUUGGAAAUGGCGGCGGCCAUGAUGGAUCUGACGGCGGCGGCCAUGUUGGACGUGAUGGCGGCCAUGAUGGCGGACGUGAUGGAAAUGGCGGCCAUGUUGGAUCUGACGGCGGCCAUGUUGGAAGUGGCGGCCAUGUUGGAAGUGAUGGCGGCCAUAUUGGAAGUGAUGGCAGCCAUGUUGGAUCUGAUGGCGGCCAUGUUGGAUCUGACGGCGGCCAUGAUGAAUCUGAUGGCGGCCAUCUUGGAAGUGAUGGCAGCCAUGUUGGAUCUGAUGGCGGCCAUGUUGGAUCUGACAGCGGCCAUAUUGGAAGUGUCGGCCAUAUUGGAUCUGACGGCGGCCAUAUUGGAAGCGAUGGCGGCCAUGUUGGAUCUGAUGGCGGCCAUAUUGGAAAUGGUGGCGGCCAUGUUGGAUCUGAUGGUGGCCAUCUUGGAAGUGUCGGCCAUCUUGGAAGUGGCGGCCAUCUUGGACAUGAUGGCGGACAUGAUGGCGGCCAUGUUGGAUCUGAUGGCGGCCAUGUUGGAAGUGACGGCGGCCAUCUUGGACAUGGUGGCGGCCAUGAUGGUGGCCAUGAUGGCGGCCAUGAUGGCGCCCCCAAAGUAUGGGGCAGAAGGACGGGGACGCAGGAAGAGCUGGAGGAGGAGAUGGAGAGAAUCGUCAAACAAAUGGAGAGCAUCCGGGUGUCCCCCCAGGCUCUGCCCCGUGCCCUAUAUCUUCGGGGCCGGGCUCUUCUCGUGACCCCAUAGAGACCCCAUAGUGCCCCAUAGAGCCCCAUAGAG